AUGAGCAUCAACAAAGAGGAAGUCGAAACUUUCUUGGAUAGCAAUCCAGAUUUUGCCAAGCAGUAUUUCGAGAAGAAACUGGAGGAUAGAGCCUUCUUCUGUCCCAAGAUGAACGGUGAACUGUCCUCAGAAGAUAGCACAGGUUUUGAGGGAAUGGACCCGGUAGAAACAGAAACUCUUUUCGAGCUGAUACAAGACAUGCAGGAAAGCAUCAACAUGGAGAAGGUGGUCUUCAAGACCCUCAAGAGAAUCAGUGCUCUCAUCAAUGCUGCGUGGUGCAGUCUGUUUAUGUACAGGCAGCGAAAUGGCACCCCCGAGCUGGCUAGCCGGCUGUUCAACGUUCAUAAGAACAGCACUUUGGAAGAAUGUCUGGUGGCUUCUGACUCUGAAAUUGUUUUCCCACUGGACACGGGUGUAUUGGGCCAUGUUGCUCAGACCAAGAAGACCAUAAACAUCCAGAACGCUCUUGAGUGCCAACAGUUUAGUACCUUUGUUGAUGAGCUCACUGAGUCUACUACAAAGAACAUUCUUGCCACGCCAAUAAUGAAUGGCAAAGAUGUGGUUGCUGUGAUCAUGGCAGUGAAUAAGAUCGGAGGUCCUUUUUUCAACAGUGCAGAUGAACAUCUGUUCCUGAAGUAUCUCAAUUUUGCCUCCUUGAACCUGAAAAUUUAUCAUCUGAGCUACCUUCAUAAUUGUGAAACACGAAAAGGCCAGGUUUUACUGUGGUCAGCCAAUAAAGUAUUUGAGGAACUGACUGACAUCGAAAGACAAUUCCACAAAUCUUUUUACACAGUGAGAACGUAUUUGAAUUGUGACAGGUAUUCAGUAGGUCUUCUGGACAUGUGUAAGCAAAAGGAAUUCUUUGACUUGUGGCCAGUACUAAUGGGUGAAGUUCCACCUUAUUCAGGGCCUCGAACUCCAGAUGGCAGAGAAAUUGCCUUUUAUAAGGUCAUUGAUUAUAUUUUACAUGGAAAGGAAGAAAUUAAAGUUAUCCCAAAUCCCAAGGAAGAUCACUGGGCACUGAGUAGUGGCCUCCCUACUUAUGUAGCAGAAACUGGUUUUAUUUGUAAUAUUAUGAACAUAGCAGCAGAUGAAAUGUUUACAUUUCAGAAAGGUCCAGUUGAUGAAUCAGGAUGGAUCAUCAAAAAUGUUCUCUCAAUGCCAAUCGUCAACAAAAAAGAAGAAAUUGUAGGUGUUGCUACAUUUUACAAUAGAAAAGAUGGGAAGCCCUUUGAUGAACAGGAUGAAACACUAAUGGAGUCCUUAACACAGUUUCUGGGGUGGUCUGUCCUCAACACUGAUACUUAUGAUAAGAUGAAUAAAUUGGAGAAUAGAAAGGACAUUGCACAGGAUAUGGUGCUUUAUCAUGUACGAUGUGACCAGGAGGAACUUCAAGAGCUCUUGCCAACAAGAGAGAGGCUUGGCAAAGAGGUGAACGAAUGUGAAGAGGAUGAACUGAUGGAACUUCUAAAAGAAAUGCUUCCAGACCCUGAAGAAUGUGAAAUCUAUGCCUUUCACUUUUCUGAUUUCGAAUGGACUGAACUUGACCUUGUAAAAUGUGGCAUUCAAAUGUAUUAUGAGCUUGGAGUGGUGAAAAAAUUCCAAAUUCCACAGGAGGUCCUGGUGAGGUUUGUUUUUUCAGUCAGUAAGGGUUACCGAAAGAUUACCUAUCACAACUGGCGUCAUGGCUUCAAUGUUGCACAGACUAUGUUUACCCUUCUUAUGACAGGUAAAUUGAAGCAGUACUACACAGAUCUUGAAGCCUUUGCCAUGGUCACUGCAGCUUUGUGUCAUGAUAUUGACCACCGAGGAACUAACAAUCUUUAUCAGAUGAAAUCUCAAAAUCCCUUGGCAAAACUUCAUGGCUCAUCCAUUCUAGAGAGACACCAUUUGGAAUUUGGCAAAUUUCUGCUCUCAGAGGAGUCCCUGAACAUCUAUCAGAAUCUCAACAGGAGGCAGUAUGAACAUGUAAAUCACUUAAUGGAUAUUGCCAUUAUAGCCACCGAUUUAGCACUGUAUUUCAAAAAGAGAACAAUGUUUCAGAAAAUAGUUGAACAGUCGAAGACCUACAAUGAUCAGAAAAAGUGGGUUGAAUAUUUGUCUCUGGAAACCACAAAGAAAGAGAUUAUUAUGGCUAUGAUGAUGACCGCCUGUGACUUAUCCGCUAUUGCAAAACCCUGGGAAAUCCAGAGUAAGGUGGCAUUACUUGUAGCAGCUGAAUUCUGGGAACAGGGAGAUCUGGAAAUGUCUGUACUUCAACAACAGCCUAUUCCUAUGAUGGACAGAAGAAAAGCUGCUGAACUCCCAAAACUUCAAGUUGGUUUCAUUGACUUUGUGUGCACCUUUGUAUACCAGGUAAGUGGAUUGAUGAUCUGA